AAUUUCGGAUUAAGGGGAUCAUAUCCUGUGGAGUUUGGAAAAAGUCUAUUUCUUUAAAAAAUCACUUUGUUUUUAUACACAACAAAAUAGUGAAAAUAGAAUCAUAAAUUCUAAAGUUGUGUAAUAAUAAUUUUCAAUAUGUUUUCUUAACUACGGGUCAUGCUUUUUAAUUUUUUUAGUUCAGCCGUUCAACCCUGAAAGCCAUGGGAGAAUUUUUUUUACCGUAUUCUAACUUCUAAAGUUUUUAUUAUUUUUACUCAAAAAAGUUUUAAGAAUGUACAUAAAUACCCAAUACAUAAAUACACAAUACCCAUAUCCAAUGAUAUAAAUUCCCAAAAAACAAUUAGAAACCUGCUUUAACACGGGAUAACCCUCUUAUUUCCCGAUAUAAAUAUCUGAAUACAAUAUGAUCACUUGUGUAAACUCAAUAAAUGUUCGAUUCUUAUCGAUAGCUUUAAGAUUUCGAUAUAUUUGCUGGUAAAAAAUUGAAGAUGUAUAUUUUAAUCGCUUGUUGAAAAAAACUCCAAAAAAAAACUUAGAAACCUGCUUCAAAACGAGAUAACCCCCUUAAAAUAUUAAAAUAAAAUAUAAAUAUCUGAAUACAUGAUCCCUUGUGUAAACUCAAUAAAUGUUCGAUUCUUAUCGGUAGCUUUAAGUUUUCGAUGUAUUUGCUCGAAGUUAAGAGAUAGAUAUCGAAUCCCCUCUGAAAUAUAUUAGCUACGCUGGAAGACCAUAAAAAUAGUAAUUUUAGUUCAGCUGCAAUUCCAAGCUACUUAGGUCGCUGCACUUCCAGCUUAAUCCCCAGCAAAGAGAAAUGUUCAAGAUACUCGUAGCGCUCGCCUCGAUUUCGGGCGUUGGAAAGCCGAGUGUUUGUCACAUCCUGGUCGUGGUGUUCCUGGAAUACUUCGCCUGGGGACUGCUGACGAUGCCCAUGAUAGCCACUCUAAAGGAAACCUUCCCGGACCACACGUUCCUGAUGAACGGCUUGGUCAUGGGCGUCAAGGGAAUACUCUCCUUUCUGUCCGCCCCCCUGAUCGGGGCUUUGUCGGACAUCUACGGACGGAAGUUGCUACUGCUGAUAACAGUGAUCUUCACCUGCCUGCCGAUUCCCCUGAUGACGAUCGAUAACUUCUGGUUCUUUAUGAUCAGUUCGAUGAGUGGCGUUUUGGGCGUUAGCUUCUCGGUUGCCUUUGCCUAUGUGGCGGAUGUGGCCCCCAAGGAGGAGCGCUCCAGAUCCUAUGGACUGAUGUCGGCCACCUUUGCCGCCAGCCUGGUGAUCGCCCCCGCUUUGGGUAAUCUCAUCAUGGAUCUUUAUGGAAUUAACACUGUUGUACUUGUAGCCACUCUGGUCUCCACAACGAACGUGACAUUUGUACUGUUCGCAGUGCCCGAAAGUUUGCCCAGAAAAGUCAGAUCCACUGGCUUGAGCUGGAAGCAAGCGGAUCCUUUUGUGGGCAUACUAAGAGUUGCUUCCGACCCCAAUGUCCUGAUACUGUGCAUCGUGGUCUUUAUGUUCCUGCUUCCCGAAGCUGGGGAGUACUCCAGUGUACCGGCAUACCUUAAGCUGACGAUGGGAUUUGACUUUGUGGAACUGUCUACAUUGGUGGCUUUUAUGGCCAUUUUAAGCAUAACCAUCAACGUGACUCUGGGCUCCAUAGUUAGAGCCAUAGGCGCCAAGAGAGCGAUAGUACUGGGUCUGAUGCUGGAGCUGCUGCAAUUAACCCUUUACGCCGUCGGAGUGGAGAAGUGGCAGAUGUGGCUGGCUGGAAACGUGGCCGCCCUGGGCUCCAUCACCUUUCCGGCCGUAAGUGCCUACGUCUCCCUCUACACGGACGGCGAAAGUCAGGGAGCUGUUCAGGGCAUGAUCACGGGCAUGUCCGGAUUGUGCAAUGGACUUGGACCCGCCCUGUUCGGUAUCCUGUUCUACCUUUCCGACAUGGACUUGAGCGAGGAUCGCAUUUCUUUGGGGAGUUUGAGGAGAGAGCGCACUGUGGCCGCUCCCUUUAUGUUUGGCGCGAUCUAUGUGCUUGUGGGCCUUCUGUUGGUCUAUGUGUAUGUCCCAGACGAAAAGGACUCUAGGGGGAGGAAAGAGGAGUUCUCCGCCCUGAAGUAUACCAUCGAAAUGGAGGACGAGGUGCAGAGAUCUUAAUUUAAGGAAAGCUUCGAGAGGCGUACAUGUAUUAGUAACGCAAAAAUGUAAAAACCUUUUUUUAUGAACAUUUCCUAAUGAAAAACUUUUAAGAAUUAAAGUUCUUUGAACUUU